CGGGUUUGGGGGUCGGAUGUCUGGGGGGGAUGUGUGAGCUGGAGGGGGAGGAGCCGAGCCUCUACGGCCGUGAGGGAGAGCUGAGAGCUCGGCUCAGUCAUCUUCCGUUCCCCGCCGUUUGCGCGUACAGACAUCGCCGGGUCUCCCGUGCAUUUGUUCAUUUCACGGGGGAGCUUUGGUUGGAGGCACGCGGGCUCCUCCCAUGGUGCCCCCGGGAGACUCUCCAGCACCAGCUCGACUUUCACGGUAACAAUAAGCCGGGGUCUCUGAAGUCAUGGAAGCGUGGUUCUUGAACCACCUCUUCUGUGUGUGGCUGUGGGUGCUACUGUUGGAGCUGCCCGGGCCCCUCGGGGCUGGGACCCCCACUUACAACAGCACAAACCCGGUUACGGGUGGAUUUUAUCACUCGGGAAGCACCGACGGGCUCAGUAACACGGACAACGGGGUGACUUCAGCGUCGUUCUCCAGCGAAAGUUUAUCACCAUCCCAGAGGAUCCUGCUGCUCUCACACUCUGAACCAGUGGCUGCCACUGCUGCAGACUUCGACUCUGAGCAGACGAAAGCAUUCACAGAAACCAGCAAUGUAUCUCCAGAUGUCACCGACGUCUCAACCGAGCCGCUCACCUUCACCACUGAUGCCGUCAGCAGCAGCAGUGAUAGCAGCACAUACUGGAAAGAGUUGACCGAUACAAACCAUAUUUCAGGUCUCCCUCGCUCUGUGUCGUGGGAGCCGUCGUGGCCCUGGGCAUUUUCUGCGGAAGACGACCUUCUCCAGGACGCCCCCAGCAGCCAGCAGGGGGCGUCCACCGCUCUGAUGUCCCACAGCACCUCCUUUCUCACUGACGGCACUUACACCACCACCAUCUCUCGUGCCGGGGAGAGGACGCUGCUCUCUGUGACCUCCUCCAACAGCAACAGCACCUCCUCCGCCUUAGCUGAGGACUCCAACUCCCAUCAGCCUCCUUCCACAUGGGGAAUGCCUCCCAGGUCUGCAGAGCCUGAUUACACUAAAAGUGAAUCAUCCACAAGGGCCAAUGGAGGAGAAACACCAGAAACAGAAACAUUUACAGAGAGUGGAACCCAAUCAAGGGCCAGAGGAACCCCGAGUUUAUCUGUACCAGCUAAUGCAACUCAGCAAGAACGAACUUCAGCAUCACAGGAAGUCUCAGCAUCUACAUUAUUUCUUAAAAGAUCAGAGCCGGACACAGGGCAGUCCCAUCUCUCCGUUUCUUCCUCUCCUCCGGUCACCUCUCCAUUAGGAGGUCUUCCUGACAACACCGGGACAAACCAGGCCUCGGGUUCUAGUGUUCAACCGUCCACAGAGUCCUCCACAGAAGCUCACAGCUCCAGCACGCAGAACCAGGGGAGAAGUGAAGAAGUGUCUUUUCCUCAGACCAGCGAAGGCAUGGGUCUGACUGCAGCGCCCUCUACUGUCAGAACUGUUGCAACUGAAGCUGGAAACCCUCUGACGGACGCACCGCUGGUUUCUACCGCCGACUUUCUCACUACAACACCUGUCACUGUUACUAAAAGUCAGAUAACAGAGGGAGACGCCUCCACAGCCAUGGAGGUCACAUCCACUUUACUGACGUCCACCAGCUCUUCUCCACCCUCAACCUCAUCAGGGUUCAGAGUCUCCCCCAGCACCUAUUUUUCCGCGUCCACCCUACCACAGACCGCCCCCUCCCCCACAUCCUACACCCUGACCCCGCAGACCUCAGUGACACACCCGGGUCGCCACUUAUCACCCGGUCAGACCCAGAGGCCCGCGACAGGAACGACCAUCCCGACAAAAGCCUCCACCAUGACAGCUGAAGCGAGCGGGGGAACCCUCAGGAGCUCCACUGCUCACACUCAGUUCAUCUCCACCGCCUCCACCCACAGCACGCCGACGCAGACCGCUGGACAUCUGCACACCACCCAGAAACAGGCCGACAGGGGGGGCAAAAAGGCAGCCGGAACGACCCCACCUGUUGUCAUCCAACUCACCAAGGGGCCUACGAGAGACCCCUGUGUGUUAAACCCCUGCAUGAAUGGAGGAAUGUGUAAGAGCUCACAGAGGCAUCAGUUCACCUGCCGCUGUCAACAGGGAUGGAAAGGACGCACCUGUAACCAAGAUGUGGAUGAGUGUAAGCAGCAGCCCUGCCCGGCUGACUCCACCUGCAUCAACACCCGAGGCUCCUUCAGCUGCGAAUGCCCGCUCGGCUUUGACCUGGAGGAUGGCCGCUCGUGCACCAGAGCAAAGACGUUUCUUGGAACUUUCAGCUUCGACAGAUAUGAUCCUUCUAUCCGGAGCAUCGCCGUCCAUGAGCUCCAGAGAGAGAUCAUCCAGCUGCUCAAUGUCUCAUUGUCCGUCCUGCGAGGUUACAGCCGCUCCACACUCAGCAAAUGGGAGCAGGGUGGGAUGCAAAUCUUGGCUGUCAACAUGUUUUCACUAUCAACUGAUGUGACGACCACUGAGGUGUUCAAUAGCAUCCAGAUGUCUCUCAACAACUGCAGCUCAUCUCUGACCCACUGCCGAAUGUUCCUGCAGCACCGCCUCUCCUACCACACUGAGAGUUUGUGUCAGGCUCAGAGGACUCGCUGCGAUCCGGAGCGCACCGUCUGCUCCGACAGCACCGGCACAGCCUCUUGCCAGUGCCUACAAGGUUAUUACAAGCACAACUCCGACGACCUGUCCUGCUUAGAAUGUGGAGAUGGCUACAAGCUGGAAAAUGGCACAUGUGUCCCGUGCAUGUUUGGAUUUGGUGGCUUCAACUGUGGAAAUUUUUACAAGCUGAUUGCAGUUGUGGUGUCACCAGCAGGGGGUGCUCUGCUCCUCAUUCUUAUAAUUGCUCUAAUUGUCACCUGCUGCAAGAGUGACAAGAACGACAUCAAUAAAAUCAUCUUCAGGAGUGGAGACAUGCAGAUGUCCCCGUAUGCGGAUUUCCAGAAGAACAACAGAAUAUCCAUGGAGUGGGGCCGGGAAACCAUAGAGAUGCAGGAGAAUGGCAGCACCAAAAACCUUCUGCAGAUGACGGACAUUUACUACUCUCCCGCCUUGCGGAACUCCGACCUGGAGAGAAACGGUCUGUACCCGUUCACAGGCCUGCCGGGGUCUCGCCACUCGUGCAUCUACCCCGCCCAGUGGAACCCCUCCUUCACCAGCGACGACUCCCGCCGAAGGGACUACUUCUGAGUGUGGAUCCCCGUUCUCAGACUCCUGCUGUUACACUGACAGACGUUGAGAUGCUUUCCUGCACACGGAAGUUUGUGUGUGAUUUGCACUGUUUUGAAAGCUCACAUGUAGGCAUUAGAAAUCAGGAAAAAGAGGAGGUGCUUCUUUGUGACCUUAUCAGUGUGUUCAGAUGCCUUUGAUUGUUUUGAAGAAUGUAAAUCCAUUAAUGUUACUCAACUCUGGGUUCAAACAUACUUUUUUAGUAGAGUAGUACUGCUUACUACAGCCAGGGAAACACAAUAUGCAGUACACAUCAGUAAGAUUUGAUGCUUUGCUCCUCCGUCACUAUAAAAAUGCUCCGAUCUGAAAAUAUCUACAGAAAUGAUCAUCUGAAAAAGACCACUGAAUAAUGCACAGUCAUGGUUCAACGGGUGACCUGACACCAACUGUUAUUUAUUCCAUUUGAUGUAAGAAUGAUUGAAAUGUUAUUCAUGCACGUGUGUUUGUAUGCUUGUAAAACCAUAGUCCUCUGUCUAAUCAAGAUGUAAUUAGCUGUUUGUAAAAUGAAGUCAUAUUUUUAUGAGUUUUCUUAGAUGUUAAUGAUGGCGUGUUGAUUCUGGCGUUUUAGUCAGAUGUGGUUAUUUAAAUAAAAGAAUCAGAAACCUUA